AUGAGAUUGGACGAUCAUAGUCUCAAAUUUCGAUUUAAGAACGCCUUGUUUAUCGUGCUUGAAAAUAUGUUAGCUAGUGGCUAUGGCUUAUUUGUACCCGAGAGAGAUGGUCCCAUCAUUUUAAAUAGCAGUCUUAUGAUUAUCGGCAGAUUUAUUGUAUGCUACAUGUUGGUCAUGUUUCUUCGUAUGAGGGCUGCUAAAAAAACAUCCGAAUCGAAAUAUCAAGAGCUAGUGGAUCAAUUAAAAGCGUAUACGAUACAGAAACAGUUAUUGCCGCACAUGAAAAAACGUCUCUUAGCUUAUUACUAUUACCGUUUCAAGAAUAGCUACUUUCGAGAGAAACGAAUUCUAGCAGACUUGACAGAACCACUCCGUGAAGAAACUGCGCUUCAUUCCUGUCGACGAUUAAUCGAGAAUGUGGCGAUCUUCAAGAAUCUGCCGAAAAACAUUCUGCAGUCAAUAGUGAAGAAUUUGAAGUUCGAAUUGUAUCUACCAAAUGAUGUAAUCGUCAAAGCUGGUGCCCAGGGUGACUGCAUGUUCUUCCUGUCGUCCGGUACUGUGACAGUUUUGACGCCAACUGGAAAAGAGAUAUGCCAUCUGGAUGACGGUGCCCAUUUCGGUGAAGUCGCGCUCCUGGUGGCGGAUCAACGAAGGGUUGCUAGCGUCAUUGCGAUCGAGGUAUGCGAGGUCUAUCGACUUGAUCGUAAAGAUUUUCGUCAAUGUAUAGAUGUGAACAGCGAGUUAUUCGCGGAGAUCGAGCGCAUCGCCACGGAACGUGUGGAGAGAACUGUCAGAAUCGAGGAACAACACAAGCGUUUCAUGAUGCGACCUAAUAAUUUGCGAGGAUUACGCCUUAAGGAGAAAACUUAA